AUGGAUAAAAGUGUUGAUAUUAUUGCGUUUGGUGCCACGGGUUGUACUGGAAAAUGUACAGUUUUACGAUUAGCUAGAUUAACAACAGAAAAAUAUUUGAAUAUUAGUUGGGCGAUUGCUGGGCGUUCCAAAGAAAAGCUCCUAAGCUUAGUAAAGGAAUUGAGUGAAAGGGGUUUUAAUAUUAAAGAGCUUUUGACUAUUGAAUGUGACAUUAAUAAUGAAGAAUCAAUAAAGACAAUGUCAAAAAUGACCAAAGUUGUCAUAAAUUGUACGGCUCCAAAGAUUCUACUGAGUUCCCUUAUAGUGAAGACAUGUAUUGAAACAAGAACACAUUAUGUGGACUUAUCUGGAGAGAUGUAUCACAUCUUAAACUUAUAUCGUGAUUACUACAAAUCGGCGGCAGAUGCAAACGUACUUGUAAUUCCAUCCUGCGGAUUUAGUACAAUGCCUGUGGAGACUGGCUUGAUCUACUUAGAGAAACAAUUCAAAGGAACUUUAUACACAGUGGAAUGCUUUACUGAAUUCUCAAUACCACCGUGUCGACUGUUCAGAGCUUUAAUUCAUAAUGGAAGGUGGACUUCACUUCUCAAUUCUUUCAAAACUUACAGACACCAGCUAUCUUUAUGGUCGGAAUUUUUUCCGGAACCCGUCGAACCUGAGCCAGAAGAAAUGAAAAGGUCCCUUUUCUUCCGAAACAAAGGCCGUUUGUGGUUUCCUUGGCCUGGAAUAGAAAAUGACUCAGUAAAAAUGUCUCAAAUGUUUUUAUACGAGAAAAACGAAAAGAAGCCGCUCCAUUUCAAGGUUUUUAGGAGAUUGUUAAUAAGUUUUCCACGACUGUUUACAUUGGGAUACGUAUCAAGGAAGGGACCUACUUACACAAUGAGACAAAGUACCAAUUUCAGUUUUAUUUUGAAUGGUAAAGGGUGGGAAUUAGAUUGCAAUGAGAAGAGUAAACCUACGAAAACCUUAUCGGUGAAGGUGUCAGGUCAGGAUCCUUGUCAAGACUCAACGGCUAUUGCUUUAAUCAUGAGUGCCAUAACGAUAUUGAAAGAAAGUUCUAAUAUGCCGAAGGGAGGAGUUAUAACGCCUGGAGCUGCUUUCUUUAGAACCGACAUAGUGGAUCGAUUGAUGCAUGAGGGUUACACGUUCCAAGUCUUAAAAUAA